AAACCACCAGACACCUUGUAAAGGGAGCCCAGACAAGCAGACAGCGCGCGCACGACCUCACGUGCAAAAGGUAAAAAAAGAAGAAGAAGAAAAAUGAAAAAGAAAUGCAGCUGAACGACGGGACGAUGCUCACGAGUCUGGAGCUGGUUGUUAUCUAACAUUAGUUUAAGAAGAAGAAGAAGAAGAAGAAGAAAAAGAAGAAGGACAAGAGGAAGAGGGAGAAGAGGAAGGGUCAUGAAGAAGCACCUGAGCCCCACCAAGCAGCAGCCGCCGGCGGACGCUUCGGAGGUGACGGUCCGGCAGCUCAACGAGCUGCUGUCGAACGGCAGCGGCUUCUACAGCCUCCCGACGCAACACUUCAACGAGGUCUUCCCCCGAAUAUACGUCGGCAACGCGUUCGUCGCCCAGAAUGCAAUGCGUCUGCAGAAACUCGGAGUGACGCACGUCCUCAACGUGGCGGAGGGCACCUCCUUCAUGCACGUCAACACCAGCGCGGAGUUCUACGCCGGCACGGGCGUCGCGUACCACGGCAUCCGGGCCAACGACACGGAGCAGUUCAACCUCAGCGCCGUCUUCGAGGAGGGGGCCGACUUCAUCGACAAGGCCCUGGCGCACAACAACGGCAAAGGGAAAGUGUACGUCCACUGCAGAGAAGGCUACAGCCGCUCGCCCACCAUGGUGGUCGCCUACCUCAUGCUGCGCCACAAAAUGGACGCCCGCCUGGCGGUGGCCACCGUGAGGCACAAGAGAGAAAUCGGCCCCAACGACGGCUUCCUCCGCCAGCUGUGCCGACUCAACGAGACGCUGGCGAAGGAGGGCAAGCUGAACGGGGAGGUGGGCAAACUAAAGACCAAGUGACAGCGAGGCCCCGCCUCCUCCCGUCACGCCUCUUCAGACUGACCCCCACCCUGACCGAACCAGCACCCAUGUGACACCCCCAGGGGGGUAUUCAGAAAACACAAACAUACAUGCAUUUAUUAUCAUAAUUACGUCACACACACACACACACACACACACACACACACACACACAUGCUGUUUUUCUAUCUUAAGUUCUCGUCCGUCACUGCUGCACCUCCUAAAGGGGGGUCGGCCUCCUCCUCCUCCGAAGAGGGGGAUCUCAAAUACUCAUCCCCCCUUUUUUUCUAAACUAAACCCCCCCCCCCCCCUCCAACUUCCAAGAUUUCCUUAAUUAAAUAGAAGAUUAAAGCACAAUCAUUCCAUAGUUUUCCACUGCCGGGAAUGUCAGCGAUGUCUCCAAAUUAACUCUUUAGAACAUUUUUAAAGUGGAUGGCCAAACAAGACGCAGGCAAAAAAAAGAAAAAAAAGUAAAAAUACACACACACACACACACACACACACACACACACACACACACGCACACACACACACACGCACGGCCUCUAGUUCGACGGCGGUAGCGUCACACCUGUCGGCUGACAGCAAAGGUCGAGAUGAUUAAAAGAUAACGAGGCGCCGG